AUGUCAGAUUUACGAUAUAUUGGUCAUUUCUCUUUAGAUUUUUUCAACAAUAAAGUUAUUCAAGCUACAAUUGAUAAAUGUGCUGAAAAGUUUGAUUCUAGAAUACUGGAUGCUAUUAAACAGAGUUGGAUUGAAAAUUUGAACAAGCGUCUUAACGCUGUUAAAACUGAGACAGACGCAAAAAUACCAAGGACUUCUUCUUUUAUUCAGGAUUCUUUUGAGUCAAAAAGUGAGAAUGUCCAUGAUAGGGAGAGCUCUUCAGACGAUGAAUUUCUCGAUGCGGACGUGGAAUCUGUGACCGUUUCUGAUUUGAAAUCACUUCCUCAAGAUACUCACGUUGAGACUCCUAUAGCAAAGUCAGAGCGCACAGAGGCCAUAUUUGCAUCAGAAACAAAAGAAGAUAGCAAUAAGGAAGUGGAAAGUGAUCCAAAGAGCACUAGGGACGACAAAAACGUGGAUGACAGUGAUGUUAGUUUCUCAGAUGUGAGUGACUUGGAAGAUCAAGAACCAGAAUCACAAGAUAUGAUAAUAGGAAUACUUGAUAAGAUCACAAGGCCUAGUAGCAAAAAAUUUGGACCACCUCUAUGGAAACUCAAACUUAAACACGGAAUUAUGCAGAUUAACGAUGUUGAAAUCCCAUUUGAUUCACUUCAAGGAGAAUUUGAAUUCUAA